UUUUUACGGCAGUCAGUUUAAAUCUAUUAAAAAUACACCCAAAUAUUAGCCAACAAGUAGAGACCUUUGCUAACAAUAAUUUUAACGAUUACGUCAUAGGAAUUCAUUUUAGAGAGAAAAAGUCUCCACAUGAUUAUUUAAUACCUUUAGAACAUUACGCUAAUGUAGUGAAAAUGCUGUUGGUAGAGACGCCAACCACGAACAUAUCUUUAUUUGUGGCUGCCGAUAAUAAUAAUGGUCUUAAAAAUUUAUUAAAUUCACUUAAUGAAACAAUAAAUUCUAAUAGUCACAACAGUUCUAUUAAGAUAUUUCAUACCGAAGAUAAUUUGGAUGCCCAUAAUCCCGUUAGUUAUAAUACCGGUUCAGAAGUAGGCGCUCUUGUCGAUUUAAAGUUACUUAGCUUAUGUGAUGACUUGGUGAUUACAUAUGGUUCUUCGUUCGGUUUUCUUGCAGCAGGAUGGUCAAAAAAAGCGUCUCGUAAAAGGGGCCCAUUUAUUGUAAUGCCAAUAAAAAACUCGCCCGAGGAUUUAACGGAUGUAGAUAAAGUUUGGGUGUGGGGUGCUACAUCAA